CCGUUUAGUGAGCAUCAUGGCAACCGUGGCUGCCACAACCAAAGUCCCAGAGAUCCGCGAUGUGACGAGGAUCGAGCGCAUUGGUGCACACUCCCACAUACGGGGACUCGGGUUGGAUGAUGCCUUGGAGCCUCUCCAGGCUUCCCAGGGAAUGGUGGGUCAGCUGGCGGCCCGGCGAGCAGCCGGUGUGGUGCUGGAGAUGAUCCGAGAGGGGAAGAUUGCUGGGCGGGCCGUCCUCAUUGCUGGCCAGCCGGGCACCGGGAAGACCGCUAUCGCCAUGGGCAUGGCGCAGGCCCUGGGCCCGGACACCCCAUUCACGGCCAUCGCCGGCAGCGAGAUCUUCUCCCUGGAAAUGAGCAAGACUGAAGCACUCACACAGGCCUUCCGCCGCUCUAUUGGCGUCCGCAUCAAGGAGGAGACAGAGAUCAUCGAAGGGGAGGUGGUGGAGAUUCAGAUCGAUCGGCCAGCGACGGGGACGGGCUCCAAGGUGGGCAAACUGACCCUCAAGACUACAGAGAUGGAGACCAUCUACGACCUGGGCACCAAGAUGAUCGAGUCACUGACCAAGGACAAGGUCCAGGCUGGGGACGUGAUCACCAUCGACAAGGCCACUGGCAAGAUCUCCAAGCUGGGCCGCUCCUUCACGCGUGCCCGUGACUACGACGCCAUGGGCUCCCAGACCAAGUUCGUGCAGUGCCCAGAUGGGGAGCUACAGAAGCGCAAGGAGGUGGUGCACACCGUGUCCCUGCAUGAGAUUGACGUCAUCAACUCCCGCACCCAGGGCUUCCUGGCUCUCUUCUCAGGUGACACAGGGGAGAUCAAGUCAGAAGUCCGAGAGCAGAUCAAUGCCAAGGUGGCAGAGUGGCGUGAGGAGGGCAAAGCGGAGAUCAUUCCCGGGGUGCUUUUCAUCGAUGAGGUGCACAUGCUGGAUAUUGAGAGCUUCUCUUUCCUCAACCGGGCCCUGGAGAGUGACAUGGCACCUGUCCUUAUCAUGGCCACCAACUGGGGCAUCACAUGGAUCCGGGGCACCAGUUACCAGAGCCCCCAUGGCAUCCCCAUCGACCUGCUGGACCGGCUGCUGAUCAUCUCCACCUCACCCUACAGCGAGAAGGACACCAAGCAGAUCCUGCGCAUUCGGUGUGAGGAGGAGGAUGUGGAGAUGAGUGAGGACGCCUACACUGUUCUCACCCGCAUCGGGCUAGAGACGUCACUGCGCUACGCCAUCCAGCUCAUCACGGCAGCCAGCCUCGUGUGCCGGAAACGCAAGGGUGCAGAGGUACAGGUAGAUGACAUCAAGAGGGUCUACUCGCUCUUCCUGGAUGAGUCUCGAUCCACGCAGUAUAUGAAGGAGUACCAGGACGCCUUCCUCUUCAAUGAGCUCAAAGGGGAAACCAUGGACACCUCCUGAGCUGGAAGUCACCCCUCCUCUCCCCUGUUUUCUACAAAAUACAGACACUGUGAAUUUGUAUAAAAUGGUUUUU